CACACUCGUGCGCAUGCGCGAGGACGCGACGCUGUUUGCUAGCUGGACCAACAUCACCGACUCUAUCUUCUUCUUUCCCACUGACCAAGUGAAAGAUCUGGCACCAGGAGAUGGCGUUUAUGGAAAGACUGAGGGAAGGAACUCUCGCAGACGCCAUUGAAAAGUUUGCGCUCCAGAACCAGCAGCAGAGCGCUGCGGCAGCGGCCGACGGGGAGGAAGGUUGGGACCACAUGGCUCUGGCCCCCGGCCACUCUCUCAGGGAUUUUCUCCACGACGAUCCCCGACUCACUCCGCCGCCAGCUCUCCCCUCGCCUCCACGUGUACAGGUUCACACUGGAGAGACGUACGGACCGCCCAACAGGCCUCUGGAGGAGCAAACGCUCUGUGACCGAAAGGUACCUGGGUCGGCGCCCGGAGUCUGUGGUCUCCUGAACAUGGGAAACACUUGCUACAUGAACGCUGGUCUACAGUGCAUUCGCAGUAUCCCGGAAAUCGCCCUCCACUACCUCAAUUCCGAUGACAAACAAUCAACAGACUCAGAAAAGGGUGCCCUAAGCUCUCGACUGGCUACUCUCCUGCACAAGUUAUGGAGUGGUCUAUUUUCAGCUGUUCAUCCGCAGGCGUUCAAGAUAACACUCGGACUGCUCCACCCACAGUUCAACGGAAACAGACAGCAAGACUGUCAGGAGUUCCUGGCAAUGCUGCUGGACACACUUCACGAAGAUUGCGUCCUCCAAUCAAACGACGGAUUGAUGACUGAAUUGAGUGAGCCGUCGCACAAUCAGCCCAUUUCAACCAGAGACGAUACAAGGAAAGACAGCAAUACUGAACACGGGUCAGUAAUCACUCAAACUUUUCGUGGGAUGCUAAAAAACGAGGUGGUGUGUCAGAAAUGUGGUCACAAGUCAACUAAAGAAGAACCGUUUUUCUAUCUUUCAGUUCCGCUUCCUCAUGCCUUCGACAGACAAAUUUAUGUGCAGUGGAUGCCACUUUGCCUUCAGUCUGGUACCAGAAAGUCUGUGAGGCUUUUGGUGACAGUUUCAAAGGUCGCGACUAUUGCAGUGUUCAAAAAGGCUCUCGUCGAUUUGAUUGGUCGGCCCCUGUCAAAUGACCUCGUUCAAAUAGCUGAGAUCAAAGAAAACACUAUUAUAAGAGUUUUGGCUGAUAGUGUGGCUAUAAAACAAAUGGACGACGAUAAAUGUGAGAUUUUCGCAUUCGAGCUCUCUCCACUACCGAACACGCCUGACAGCCAAAUGGAACCAGAGAAGAAGAGAGGGGAGAAGGAGAAGAGGGAGGGAGAGGGGGAGAUAAAAAGUGAAGGAGAGAUGGACCAAGGGACAGAUGGUAGCUGUGUGUCUGGGCGCAAGCACAGCAAGGAGAGCGACUCGGACGCUGAAGGACUCCCGACAAAACUCUUCAAAAGCGAGGAACAGUCCUCAUUGCAAGAGGGGAUUUCUCCCCCUGCCCCUCUCGUUAACGCCCCUAACGAACCCGCAUCUACCCUCAUGACCGAUGGUGAAAUCGACCGCCAAACCUACAAGAAAGAGGACGUCCCUGUAAUCAGCAAGGCCGUUGUGAUGGAGUGGCAUUCGUGUGCCAUCUGCCUGGAGGAAAUGAUAGACAGUGAUCUGGUGACGCACGCUACAUGUGGAGCUGUUCUUUGUCCGUCUUGUCUCCAGUCGUCCGUAGACCACUACCAAAAGGAAGAUGGUCUGGUGCCUUGCCCUAUUUGUUCGGCUGUUGUGAAGUCGUCUGAGGCGUUUACUCCACUGGCUCAACAGUCAGAGUCAAGCAAUCUGAUCAAACUCCUCCAGACCACGGUGCUGUUCCGGAGCCUCUCCUCGGAAGACGGUCUCCCUCAGUGUGUGUCUCCUCCAGCUGUCUUCCGGCUCCCCGAGUCCCUCUCUGGUCUGGAGUACCACCGCCUCCUCUCUCCCCUCCUCCCUCCCUCUCUGGCCUCCUCCUCCGACAACUGGAACCUCUCUCUCACUGACUCCAAGGGUAGAUUCUGCUCUCGGUGUAUGUAUGGUUCGGGCUGCCGUGGGUGUGUCAUCUCACGUGAUGCGUCCAGCCAUUCCCUGAGGCCAGGGGACUUUCUGACCAUUACUCUGGUGAUGGGUGAGACGGGGGAGAUUUGUGAGGAGGUGGGGGGACACCCUUCGUUGGCCACCAAACGGGACUCCAUUCUCUCUUUGGAGGAGUGUCUCUCUGUCUUCUCUCAGAGGGAGGAGUUGGUAGGGGACAACAUCUGGCUCUGUCCCUCGUGCAACGAUUUCCAGCCGGCCACUCGUGUCCUCUCUGUCAGCUCUCUCCCUCAGACCCUCAUCAUCCACCUCAAGAGGUUUGUGUAUCACGGGACGGCUGGAAGUAAAGUAGACGCUCCAGUCACCUUCCCCCUAGAGUUGGACCCUCGUCUGGUGUCACGUGACUGUCAUGUGACCGAGUCUCUCGCACUGGCUGCUUGCGUGUGCCACUUUGGAUCCCUUAAUUGUGGUCACUAUACAGCCUACGUGAAGCACAUGGUAACUGAAGAGUGGACGUACUGCAAUGACGAAACUGUCACCACGAGCACACCUUCAGACAAAGAUUCCGAAAGUGUGUACAUACUGUUCUAUAGAAGAAGAGAUCUACCCCCUGCCCCCACACUCCCACCUGUCACCAUGUCCUUCAACGAUGCCGCCGAAAUGUCGAGUUUGACUCGGUUGCUACGGCAACACAAGCCACGCCCCUCUGACACCCAACCGGUGCCGCCUCGUACAAAGCGAUCCAACAGUGACGGUGACUUGAGGACCUCCUCCUCGAUGGCUACGGAGACCAUCACCUCUGAGACUAACCAGCUCCUGGCAUCGCUGGGUAUCAACCCAGCCUCUGCCACCAUUGCUACCACUUCCUCCAUUGUCCAGGCACAAGCAGCUCCCCGAUCUCCCCCUCCUCCCAUAACUCCCACCUCCCUCCUCACACCCCCUCCCUCCAACUCGUCCUCCACCUCGCAAGCCACGCCCAUCCUCGACGACUUUAUGAACUACGACUUCUCCGACCAAGACUGUUUCCCCUGUGCAGAGCACAUCGUUUCGACACCAUCAGUCGACAGACGUAGGGCCAGUGUGCCUGAAACUGAAAGAGCAAAAGAGUGGUGA